CCUCUACGAACCCGCGCUACGCCGUAGCACGUGCUACGACACCGAUGAAAAAGUGCUCCGGGCCAAAAAUGUGAUACAAAAAGUACACUCGUGGAAAAAAUUGCUCAAUUUAAUUUUUCUUUUUUUUUCUAAAGUGUGGUGACUUGAAUUGUGGUGACCAUGGAGUGGACUUUGUUCCUGGUGGCCUGUCUUUUCUACACGGCAGCCGGUAACCCGGCAAAAAUGGACUCAAAACGGGACCACUGCAACAAGACAGUGGAGAUAUACGAAGACGUAUCCUCGCCUCCAGUGACGUCAGAGAACUUUGGGAGGCCUCUCACUUGCACAUAUAGGUUUAGAGCUUUCCGAGGGUCGCCAAAGGAUUGGAUACUAAGGAUUAGGUUCAAAAAGUUCAAAGUUGGUACCUUGAUCAAUGGUACGACAUGCCACAAGGGAUACAUGCAGAUCGUCGACGGCAACGCAAAAACAGACGUCUCAAACAGAAAAGAACCAGGUCUCUUCUGUGGAGAAAUCGAACAACCACAAACGUUUAUAUCAGAGACCAACUUCGUCAAGAUUGUGUUCCAUGCCGACAACUUCACUGAUCAAACUUACUUCAGCUUCGAUUCCAGAGCUGAGCAACAAUUCGAAGUGUAUCUCCGUUACGGGCAGCAUCCAGAACUGUAUCCUAAUAGAAGAGGGGAAGUUGUUGCUGGGUCAUAUUGUGAGAGGGUGUUCCGAGAUUGCCGCUUGCAAACGUGUUAUGUACAGUCUGCUGCCUACCCUGGAGUGUAUCCAAGAAAUCUUCAUUGCAGAUACCAUCUAAACACGAGGCUUCCAUACAUAAAACUGUACAUAGAAAAUGAAGAAUUCAAUAUAGACGGACAGCGCUGCGAGAAUAUCAUGACUUGUCCUAUGAGACCCAUAACUUCUGGAUCAGAAAACUGUCCCUACGAUUACAUAAGGAUAUAUGACGGGAAGGAUGAGUCGGCAUCAGUGAUUGGCACUUUCUGCGGCAUGGGCAAGUUCCCCUACUCCAUCAUUGGAACUUCGCAAGAUCUGUUCGUGGAGUUUGUCAGCUCUCCUGCAGGUCCACUUCUAAACACCGGCUUCCACUUCAACGUUGGCAACUGGCCUGGCCACGUGGAAGCCCCAGGGUCUAAAGUCGGCACCUGUGACUGGCUGCUCACUGCAGAAACCCUGAAGAAGUCAGGGGACACUGAAGGCAUCUUCCUCUCUGUAGCCCAUUGGUAUCCACCUCAUACGUCGUGCACGUAUCUCAUGCAAGGCUUCCCUGGGCAGGUGGUUAGGUUAUAUUUUCCAAGUUUCCGAAUAAACCGCAUUGAGUCUCCAAUCCAGCCAUGGACUGGUGACUGCGGAGAAUCCCUCACAUUGUACGAUGCGCCCAGACCUGACGAUGCUCGCAUCAUCAAGACUUUCUGCGACACUUUCAGUAGACCCAUGGAGAAACACGACUUUGUGUCCACUGGGAACGCUAUGUUCGUUAGGUUUGAAAGCAAGACUGGGAGUUAUAGUGGAUCUUCCCUCUACUACUGGGCACAUUACGACUUCUUCAACAACACCCGUUUCGGUGAACCAGUCCAAGGUACUGCCUGUGAUGAGAUCAUAGCAUCCUGGAAGCAGCGAGCUGGUAGACUACGGUCUCCUCUGAACACCCUGGUGUAUAAGCAAGCGUCGCCAGGAGAAGAUGUCCAUUGCUUGUACAGAUUUGUGACAGACAAAAGGAUAUAUGCUCGAGUUAUAUUGACGGUCCUGAGUGUUAAUUUUAAGGAACACCCGUACACUUCAGUAUCCUGUCAAAACUGCUACGAAGAUCGGGCAGACAAGCUGAUCAUUUGGGAGCCAUACCCUGCCGGGAAGUCACCUAAUGUAACUGCACCAGGAGUAAGCACCACACCUCUCCCACUUCAUCUAGCUGUCCAGCGGUCCCUUGGCUCCUGUUUAUGUGCUAAACAUGCAAACGCCGUGUCAAGAGCAAGACCAUAUAGAGUAGUAUCUUCAGGUGAAAGCUUGAACCUCCAACUGAUUGUUGAUAAUGCUCAUGCAGCCGCCUCUUAUUUCAAAAACCCUUCACCACUAUUUGAAGCUCGCUAUGAAUUUGUUCACGGCCCUCUCUGUGGCCCAGCGGUCUUGGCAGCUGCCUCAGAUGGAGAAAUAGUUUACCCACAUUUAGAAGCUUUAGGCUACAUGGAACCGCCAAAGAGGAUUCAAUGUAUUUGGGAUCUAGAGAUUGAAGAAAAGAGGGAUAUAUGGCUGCACUUUGAAAGCAUCAAGUUCGCGUCUCGACAUUGUGAGGAUGGUAAUAUUCAGAUCUAUUUACCGGGACGAUUAGACCCAUAUUUGUCUGUAUGUGGUGACAAUGUAUCAGAAACUGAAAAACUGCCAAUAUUGUCAGCUGGUGAACUUGGUUUCGAGUCUUUAGAUGACCCAUUAGUAAUUGAAAAAGAAAAGACAAGGUCUAUCCGUAUAGUCUUCAUCGGUAGUGCAUCCCCAGCACGAGCCGCGUUCAAGAUUGCUUGGACUGGACUGUACCAUUUACCUAAGAACUCUGACGGAACACUAAUGACGUCAAGAUUAACUGAUGGAGAAAUGAAAUCUUCUGAAUCUGGCCAUGGUUGUGAUUUCAUAUGUCCUGGUGAAGCUUUGUGUAUACCAGCAAGAUUAAUCUGCAAUGGUGUUGUCAACUGUCCAAACGUGACAUCAGGGGAUCGCAAAUUCUGGACAGCUGAUGAAAAGAGAGCUAGAGAAGCUUAUUCUGAGGACAGUCUCAGACGACUGGGGUACUUGGACUUGUUGGGAGGACUUCCAUUAGGUCAGCUUCAUGAUGAAGCGCCAGAGCUAUGUGCGAAGGCGAGGAGUAUUGGAGGUGGUGAUUGGACGGCACCUGCCUUGGGUGCUGGGUUAGCGAUUGCUAUAGGUGUAUGUGCCCUGGGCGCGGCGUGGCGCCUGUGCUGCCGCAAGCGGUCGCCGGACGAGGAGUCGCUGGACUACUGACACGCGGCCCGCGGUGCGCCGCACGCACCGCCGUCGCUGCACUCGCGCUCCACGUCCCGCGACCUGCCGAUGGACUGGAGUCUCCAUUGACAGACGCUAUAUUGAGCGCCGGAGCCCUCCUUUGUUGAUUACUGAGAACCAAGUUCUUUACAUGUUAUUGUUGCCCGGAUAAUUGUGAAUAUCAAAUACCUAAGAUUUCACACUCCAGUCAAUUUUCACUAAGAAUGUUUCUAUAUUUAACUCUGUAUAAGUAUAGUUGCGAGCAGAAGCCGUUGCGUGACGAAAGCCUGUUUUGGUAAUGUACAAAAUUUACGAUUGCUGUGGAUCGUUGGAUCAGUCUAAUUUGUUAACAACAACUAAUGGUGAAGCCAAAAAUUUCUUUGCAACUGCUCGGAGCUGUCAUUAUAUUUCUACUCUACUUAAGUACGCCAAUUUCGAAUGUAUUUUAUUGAAGACACGCAAAUAUUCAACGUGUUUAAUUUUAGGAGGGUAAGAUUCCUGGCGCUCAAGUUGACGACGUUGUUUUGUAAUUACUGUAUAUACCCUUAUACCUAAAUUAAACCUAACGUUAAUUGAUGCUUCAAACGAACGAUCAUAGGUUAGGGCAAGGUGAUAGUAGCCAAACAGUUAAGUCAUUAUCAACUUAGGUAGUAAUAGUUGUAAUGUUUUUAUAACAUGGCAUAAGUAUUCCUGGAAUCAGAGAAUGGGUUCAAUUUUAUGAUUUUUGGACUCAUUGUUUUAGACAUCAAGUUGACAUUAAGUGCUCGUUAAAAGAUCGCCAAUUCCUUUAGUCUUCAUUAACAUGAGUUUAUUGCCAAUAAGAAUAAAUUCCUAAACCUUAUCAAUGUCUCCUGAAUCAAUAUUUGUUAUAGCAUCACAAGAAUUUGGCGAAAUUUGACUUGCACGCUGGCUUCAAAGCGAUUUGACUGAUUGCGAGCAUCAUGUAAUCUACUCGUUGUACUGUAAAUAUAUUUGACUAGAUUAUUAAGAUCGUUACUAGAGUAAGUCAGGCAGAUAUUUUUGAUUUCUCGCGAUCAUGAAUAUAAUUGUAUCUUUAGUUUUGAUAAUAAUCAAGAUUUUAAGUGUUUCUUCGUCAAAUGUAAUUAAGGCUAACAUUUUUUUAAGGUGUGUUAAUUUUUGACUCUCAUGAUUCGGCACUUUUAACACUUCGACAUCGUACUUUAUUUUUCCUUUUUACCUUCUAUAUAUUUAUAUCUUUAUUACCAGAAAUCAAUAAUAUCUGCCUAUAAUUUAAAAUAAACAGUACGCACUGCGGUUAGCUAUGAUUAGUUCUAUAUUUGCAAUAAUUUAUAUACUUGUAACAUUUAUUUAUUAAUAAACAUUUAUAUACUUUGCACUGUUAGCUGAUAGAUUGGUUUCACUGCCUUUAUAAUAAUGCUUUCCAUAACAAUUGAACCAAGUACCCUUUUUAAUAUUGUAUGAGCGAUAUCCAUUAUGAUUUACAUAAGAAAAUGAAUCAAAAAAAUCAUGUUUUUUUUUUCAAAAUUCUUAUAAAUAUGGAAUAGUUGCAGAUUUAAUGCUUAUAAAUCAUCUAAAAUUCUCUUAGAGUUACGGCAGAACAGUGACAGAAUAGCAGAAAAAUUGUUUAAUUUAAUUAAUUUAUACAAGAAAGUGAAAAAUUGGUCGUUUUGAAGAACUAGCAUUAAAAAAAUAAAGUUAUUUGUAGGAGAUACCACAAUUUUAAUCAUAAUGGGUAUCGCUGGUAUUAUGUCCCUUAUUUUAAGAACAAUAAUAAAAAGAAGAUUAGAAAGUAAAGAUUGUUUGCAAUAAUAUUUUGAAAAGCUUUAUUUUGACAGGUCAUUAGAUUUUGUUAGCAUUUACCGGAUGGGUAAUGUUAAAAAAUAAAAAUAUAUUUUGUACAAA